AUGGUGUCGUACGUGAGUGCGUUGCUGUACGGAGUAGGAGGCAUAGUGGUAGCUGGGAUGGCUUUGCUUGUGGCUUUUCAGGAGAAGCUUGUCUACGUCCCGGUCUUACCCGGUCUCACUAAAUCCUACCCGAUCACUCCCGCCCGACUCCGUCUCCUUUACGAGGACGUUUGGCUCCGAUCCUCUGAUGGCGUCCACCUUCACGCUUGGUUCAUUAAACUCCUCCCUGAAUGCCGAGGUCCGACGGUCCUGUUUUUUCAAGAGAAUGCUGGAAAUAUUGCUCAUCGUCUUGAAAUGGUCCGCAUAAUGAUUCAGAGGUUGCAGUGUAAUGUGUUCAUGCUUUCAUAUCGAGGUUAUGGAGCAAGUGAUGGAUAUCCCUCGCAGCAUGGAAUUACAAAAGAUGCUCAGGCUGCAUUGGAUCAUCUUUCACAGAGGACUGACAUUGACACAUCUAGAAUAGUCGUGUUUGGGCGGUCACUUGGGGGUGCAGUUGGGGCGCUGCUCGCCAAAAACAACCCUGAUAAGGUUGCUGCAUUGAUCCUGGAAAACACUUUUACAUCCAUUCUGGACAUGGCUGGAGUUCUAUUACCCUUCCUAAAGUGGUUUAUUGGAGGCACGGGUUCAAAAGGGCCUAAAAUCCUUAAUUUUCUUGUACGUUCUCCAUGGAGUACCAUUGAUGUUGUUGGCCAGAUUAAGCAGCCAAUUCUCUUCCUUUCUGGAUUGCAAGAUGAAAUGGUUCCUCCAUCCCAUAUGCAAAUGCUCUACGCUAAAGCAGCUGCUCAUAAUAGGGAAUGCAUCUUUGUGGAUUUUCCUAAUGGCAUGCAUAUGGACACUUGGCUUGCUGGUGGUGAUCACUACUGGAGAACUAUUCAGCAGUUUCUUGAAAAGCAUGUUCCAGAGAUGAAGGAACAUGAAUCAUCCCACAGCGACAAAGACCUUCAGUUUGAACUCAAAAGUAUCGGUACCUCUUUUCUUUUUUCCUUGAAGUUGCAGCAAUUAAAAGCUCCUUGUGAGGAGUUUCCGCCCACUGAUUAG